UUAAUAUCGCUCAGUCCACUCGCAAGAAACACAGCAUUAAGACGCAGCAUACACACGUUAUUGACUUUGUCAUACAUAAUUUAUUUUUAUUAUUCGCUACUUGAAAUUGGCUGAUAAAAGUAUAAAUUUGCGACCUUUAAUGUGAAAGAUGAAAUUUUAUAAUCAAAUUUGUGGUGAAGAAAGUCGAGCGCAUACACAGUAACAGUUAAAACUAGAAAAUAUACUUACGUAUUAAAGGAUUCAAUGUUUACCAUAGUUUUAAAAAUAUUUGCUAAAAAUUCUAAUAAAAAGUGAAAAUUCGUAUGAUAUAUUAAAAAUAUUUGCGACAGUGCCAUUAAACGUGCCCAUAAAAAUGUUUGAUUCUCCGACGGUGAAUCCAAAAUAAAAGGAUUUAAGUUACACGUAAAAUUUAAUCGGUCUUCAAUAUUUGGGGACAAACCCUAAUGAAAUGGACGCCUACGCACUGCCAACAUAUUUUCCCCUUGCAUAUUCUGAACUGCAGUUUCUAGCAUCCAGGCGAGCUGCUGCCGUGGCUGCCGCGGCAACAGUUUUACCAGUAUCUCCAUGCAUUAACCACGUACACACAACAGACGUUUCCAGCUCAGUUGGAGUUUCAUCUAUGAUUCAAACGGUUGAAGCUUCCGAUUCCCAUAAAACAGCAACGUCAGUUCAACCACCCAUAUGUAAUGGAAACACUCUUCUUGCUAAUACUUCUGGUCACCAUCAAAAUCAUCAGCAUCAACACGUUCAUAGUUUAAAUGUUACUGGACAGCCUCAUGCACAUGAGUUUCACCCAGCCUAUAGAAUCCCCGGAUAUAUGGAACAAUUGUAUUCUCUUCAACGAAAUAGUUCAACUACAUCAUUUCAUGAUCCUUACGUCAAUUGUGCGUCAGCUUUCCACCUUGCGGGACUAGGUUUGGGAUCAGGAGAUUUUUUGGGCUCCCGAGGAUUGGGCUCCCUAGGUGACCUCCAUCAUGCGGCUGUAGCAGCAGCGGCUGCGGGAUCUCUCGCCAGUACAGAUUUUCACUUUAGCAUUGAUGGCAACAGGCGAUUAAGUAGUCCUCGGCCGCCAGGCGGUAGUAUUCGUGCAAGCAUCAGCCGCAAACGAGCCCUUUCCUCAUCGCCUUAUUCGGAUUCGUUUGACAUCAAUUCAAUGAUUAGAUUUUCACCAAACUCCUUGGCCACAAUUAUGAAUGGCUCUCGAGGAAGCAGCGCGGCAAGUGGUUCAUAUGGUCACAUUUCAGCUAGUGCCAUUAAUCCCAUGUCUCAUGCACAUUCAACAUUGGCACCACGUCUACAACAGAUACAAGCUCAUUUGUUGCGUGCAAGUGCAGGUCUUUUAAACCCGAUGACUACACAACAAGCAGCUGCCACCGGGUUUACUAUGAGCCACGCUGCAAGCGCUGCCGCCUUAAGCCUAAAUGACGUUCAUGCUAAUCUAAACGAUUUACCUGGACAAAUAACACCAUCGUCAACAGCAAGAGUAGUUACUGGUGAACAUAAACUGGGGGCAGCACUCUCGCAAAACAACUUUGAUGACGGAAACCAUAGAAAUCGACAGCAGAAAAACACUGUGUCUGAGCAGCCCUCAUCAACAUCGGGUAGCGUGGCCCAAGUGGAAGCGGACAGUGCAUCAUCGCAUUUGUCUGACCGUUGUUAUAACCACACAGCAAACAAAACCAGAAGUAUUGCUGGAGAUGUAAAAACAAGCAGCCGCUGUGAAGAGUUUAUUAAUUGUGGAUCAGCGUCGACUCCAUUGAAUGAAUAUGAUUGUGCCAACGCUGAUACGACGGAUAUUAAGGAUGAACCUGGAGAUUUUAUAGAAACAAAUUGUCAUUGGCGAAGCUGUUGCAUUGAAUUUAUUACGCAAGAUGAACUUGUUAAACAUAUAAAUAACGACCAUAUCCAAACCAAUAAAAAAGCUUUUGUCUGUCGAUGGGAAAAUUGUACCCGUGGUGAAAAACCAUUUAAAGCGCAGUACAUGUUAGUUGUGCAUAUGCGUCGUCAUACCGGCGAAAAGCCACAUAAAUGCACAUUUGAAGGCUGUUUUAAGGCAUACUCACGCUUGGAAAACCUAAAAACUCAUUUACGGUCGCAUACAGGCGAGAAACCCUAUACGUGCGAAUAUCCGGGUUGCAGCAAGGCGUUUAGUAAUGCGAGCGAUCGAGCAAAGCACCAAAAUCGUACUCACAGCAAUGAGAAACCGUACAUUUGUAAAGCUCCUGGCUGCACGAAACGUUACACCGACCCAAGUUCUUUGCGUAAACAUGUUAAAACAGUUCAUGGUGCUGAGUUCUAUGCAAAUAAAAAACAUAAGGGCUUGCCACUAAACGAUGCCAACUCUCGGUUCCACAGAGACAGUGGUCAAGGUCGGCAUAACCUCCAAGAGCAUAAUAUUGACUCAAGCCCUUGCAGCGAAGACCUGCAGAUGGGAAAACUUAUAGGCAUGUCUAGUCCCAGCAUUAAAUCUGAAUCUGAUGGAAGUUCGCCACAUCACCAGUUGGUAAAUGGAGUACGAGCUUCAGACUGUUUUUUAACAUAUUCACCCGAUGGUGCCGCCGAACAUAUAGCUUUAGAUGACGGCUGGAAUUGUGACGAUGACGUAGACGUGGCUGACCUACCAAUUGUCUUGCGUGCUAUGGUAAAUAUUGGCACCGGAAAUUCGUCGGCCUCGACUGUUGGAGGUGGUGUUGUUUCAAGGCAACGAUUCAGGAGUCGUUUGCAAACUAAAGGUAUAAACUCUAGUACGGUUAUGCUUGGUAACAUUCCCGAAAGCAAUCGCACCAUUGGAAUUAGUGAACUUAACCAGCGUAUAACAGAACUCAAGAUGGAGCCUGGUACCACUUGUGAUAUUACAGUUCCAAUGCCCCUGAAUACGGGUAUGGGAGGGUUUCCAGAAGACCUAUCACAAAAUCAAUCAAAUAUAACAUUCAAUAAGCAAAGCUUUCCCACCGCAUCCGGUUUUCUGCAAGGACAUUUUCGUCGCGAUAGUCAAAACUCCACUGCAAGCACAUAUUAUGGUAGUAUGCAAAGUCGCCGUAGUAGUCAAUCAUCACAGGUGUCUUCAAUAUCUACAAUGCGCCCAGGCCCUUCGUACAACACAGCCACAGCUUCCUUCUAUGAUCCAAUUUCCCCAGGAUGCUCACGACGCUCUAGCCAAAUGUCAAAUGCAGCCAACUCCUACGCCCUUACUUCAACAUCAGGAUUGACUCCAAUAAACAAGGACUCGAACGCACACUGCAGCCCAAAUGCUUCUAUUAAUAAACCGAGUUUUGGUUUUUACAAUAACAGUCUUCCUCCACCUCCAUCGUCUCAUUUAAUUGCCACCAAUUUGAAGCACCUGCAGGCGACAGACUCUGGGAGUUGUUAUCAGAACCCAACUGGCGGCCGAUUUUCCAUUCCCAGUUUUAUGCAAUCUCUACAUUUAGGCAACAACGGACCGGUUGAGGAGGUUGAAAUUGAUAAAGGAAUGCCUAACAAUAUAUUACGACGUCAAUCUGAGCCAUUGCCAAACAUAAGUUUGAAUACAGUAGCUAAUGUUCCUCGCUUAAAUAGCCCACUUCAAAAUUUGCAAAUUCCCAUUGGAAAGACUAGGAACAUAAAUAUAACAUACUCUAGUAACGAGAAUAGUUUAAGAAAAGGACCAUGCCAUGUUCCAAUGAAGGCUGAAAUGACUAUGACCAGUGAGCAGCAUCCAAAUGAGAGAAUAAAUUUGGAUGAAGUUGAAGAGCUUAUACUUCCUGAUGAGAUGCUUCAGUACUUAAAUUUGGUGAAGGACGAUCAAAAUUAUAUGGAGAAAGAAGAUGCAGGUAUCAAGUCAAUUGUACCUGAAAUCAUAACAUCAAACGACAACCGAUUACUUUUAAAGUCAAAUUCAAAUCCAAUAAAUAAACAAAUUAUACUACCGACUUCCAACUUUGAUGUCUCAAUAGAUAUACAACCAAAUACAUCAAACUUGUCAACGCAUAAAGGGCAUACAAUGACAACAACUGGGGGCUUAAUUAGCCAGAGAGAUACGAGUAUGGGAGCUGUGCCACACCAGCAGGAGCAAACUAAAUGCAGUUCCUUUCCCCAAGAGACAGAUAAAACUUUAAAUAUUGAUAUUGGUUUCAAGCAACAGCAGACCCCAUUAUCAACCUAUCACCGACAGAUAACUAAAUCAAAUCAGAAUGAAAUCAUUGACUCAUCAAUGACAAGCUUGCCAGAUCUAAAUGUAGUUCCAACAUUUUCAAGAAUAGACUCAGGAAAUGUUUCCAAACUAAAUAGAGACCAAAAUAACGAGAUUCAAUGUGGCAUCAUAAGCCAGUCUCAAAUGUCUCCUUCUAUAAACAUAAAUAAUGAUGGCAAGAUUUCCACAUUAGAGAAUCAACCCUUAACUUAUUCAAAUUCAAACACACAAAAAACAGUUGGUGCGAGUAAUACGAGUUCAAUGCAGUCAGAUACAUACCAGCGUACUUUAGAAUACGUACAAAGUUGUCAAAACUGGGUGGAGACAAACAAUACAUCUGCUGAUCAAAUUCAAGGAUUGUCUGGAGUGCAAUCAAAUAAUAUAUUGUGGCCUGAUGUUAGCAGUUCUACACAUCCAUAUUCCGGGACAAAUAUGGUGAUCAACGAUAUGACAACAUCCCUGACAUCUUUGUUGGAGGAGAAUAGGUAUCUUCAAAUGAUGCAGUAGAAAAUUCCAAGAAAAGAAACUAAUCUAUAUGCGAAAGUCAGUUACAAUGUUAACCUUAUUUUUAUAACAACAAGACUACGAAUUAUAAACCGUGUCGAAAGUUCUUAUGUUUGUAUCUGCAAUUCUAAAAUUGUCUAAUUUUCUUAUAUAAAAUUGAUGUUAAACGGAAUUUUUAUCGACCGAAAUUUGUAAUAGUGUACUCAAUAAUUUCGCCAGUAAAUAUUUCAGUGUCAUCCCAAAAGAGAUAUGAGCAAUAAAUAUGUCUUCCGAACUAU